CUUUCCUGGUGAAGCUGGAGCCUGUAAUGCCAGUCAGUGGAAUGUCAGGUCCGGGACUAGCCAAUCAUCUCGCAGAGGGCCUAAUCCCCGCCCCGGGGGAUCAGCCCCUUGUCCUUGGGUGCUUAAGCAUUGCAAUACGCCCCUUUCUCGUCACCUGGGGCGCAGCUUCUCAGGUUUGCGGCAGCCUUGUCCUCCGCAAGGCGCAGGGUCUGAGAACCAGCCAUGACUGCCAAAGAUUAUCCAUCAUUAUGGAGCUUUGGAACAACAAAAACAUUCAAGAUUCCUGUCGAACAUUUGGAUUUCAAGUAUAUUGAAAAAUGUUCAGAUGUUAAACACUUGGAAAAAAUUCUUUAUGUUCUUAGGUCUGGCGAGGAAGGAUAUUAUCCUGAACUUACAGAAUUUUGUGAAAAGCGCCUUGAAGGAUUGGCUCCUGAAAGUAGAGCUUUGAGGAAAGAUAAACCUGCAGCGACAGCAUCCAGUUUUACAGCAGGAGAAUGGGAAAAAAUUGAUGGUGAUAUAAAGAGUUGGGUAUCAGAAAUUAAAAAAGAAGAAAAUGAAAUACCUUUUCAUGAAACUGGAACAUUUCCAGCAAAGGAAGAAAAUCUGCCUCCAGUUCGUGGUUCAAACAGCUGUCUUCAUGUUACCAAAGAAAAAUAUUCUAAAAGUAGGCCAGCUAAAAAGAAAAUCCCGAGGGAUUAUGCAGAGUGGGAUAAAUUUGACGUGGAAAAGGAAUGUUCAAAAAUUGAUGAAGAUGACAAAAAAAUCCCUCUAAUAAACAACAAGUCACAUUUGUCUAAAAUUGAGACAAAUUUAGACAUAGCAGGUCUAACUGAGAAGGAAAAGGAUUUUCUUGCUGCUCGUGAAAAGGAAAAGGGAAAUGAAGCUUUCAACUCAGGAGAUUAUGAAGAGGCUGUGAAAUAUUAUACAAGGAGCCUAUCAGUGCUUCCCACUGUGGCAGCUUAUAAUAAUCGAGCUCAAGCAGAACUCAAACUACAGAACUGGAACAGUGCUUUUCAGGAUUGUGAAAAGGUCUUGGAGUUAGAACCUGGAAACAUAAAGGCUCUUCUGCGCCGUGCCACUACAUAUAAACAUCAAAACAAGCUUCAGGAAGCAAUAGAAGAUUUGAGCAAAGUACUGGAUAUUGAACCCGAUAAUGAGUUGGCCAAAAAAACUCUGUCAGAGGUUGAAAGAGAUCUGAGAAAUUCUGCACCUUCAUCUAAGACUCAAACCAAGGGGAAAAGGAUGGUUAUUCAGGAAUUAGAAAACUCAGAAGAUGAAAAUGCAAAGGACAGCGAAAGAGAUCAUGAAGAUGGCAGUGGAGAUAAGAAAGACCCGGAGCCGGCGGGAGCCGCACGCGCCGCAGAGCCCCGCGCCAUGGGCAACAUCCAGAGGAAGAUGACGGGCAAAAGCGAGGCCGGCAAGCGGCCGGAGAAGGGCGCGUCGCGGCGGGGUCGCACGCCGGGGGCUGGCGCGGACAAGCGGGGCCGCCCGCGGGCUCCGGCGCCGGCCGGCAGCGCCCAGGGGCACCCAGGCGGCGGGAGGGGCGCCCGAGACCCCGCCGGCCUGAAGAGCCAGGGCAACGAGCUCUUCAAAACCGGGCAGUUCGCCGAGGCGGUGCUCAAGUACUCGGCGGCGAUAGCGCUGCUGGAGCCGGCAGGAAGUGGAAGUGCAGAUGAUCUAAGUAUCUUAUAUUCAAAUAGAGCAGCAUGUUACCUAAAGGAAGGAAACUGCAGUGGCUGCAUUCAAGAUUGUAACAGGGCUCUGGAACUUCACCCAUUCUCAGUUAAACCUCUUCUCCGACGAGCAAUGGCCUAUGAAACUUUAGAGCAGUAUCAGAAAGCCUAUGUGGAUUAUAAAACAGUGUUGCAAAUAGACUGCGGAAUCCAGAUAGCGAAUGACAGUAUUAACAGAAUAACAAGAAUUUUAAUGGAGCUGGAUGGACCAAGCUGGCGGGAGAAGCUAUCACCCAUACCUUCUGUGCCCACUUCUGCACAGUUGCGAGCUUGGCGGCCUACAGCAGAGAUGCCCCCAGAUCAAGUGGGAGAAUCCUGCAGCCAUCAUCAACCGGGCAGCACAGAUGAAAAAAUGUUUAAAACCCUUAAAGAAGAAGGAAAUCAAUGUGUAAAGGACAAAAACUAUAAAGAUGCUCUUAGUAAAUACAGUGAAUGCUUAAAGAUUAACAAUAAGGAGUGUGCCAUUUAUACAAACAGAGCUCUCUGUUACUUGAAGCUGUGCCAGUUUGAAGAGGCAAAGCAGGACUGUGAUCAGGCGCUUCAGAUAGAUAACAGGAACGUGAAAGCGUGCUACAGACGAGCUCUUGCUCAUAAAGGACUCAAGAAUUAUCAGAAAAGUUUGAAUGAUCUCAAUAAAGUUCUCCUACUAGACUCAAGUAUUGUUGAGGCAAAGAUGGAACUGGAAGAGGUAACCAGGUUCCUCAAUGUGAAGGAUCAGACAGCAUCAUUCCAUAAAGAAAAGGAAAGAAGGAAGAUUGAGAUUCAAGAGGUGAAUGAAGACCAUGAAAAGCUUGAAAGGACCCCUGAGGAGUGCUGCACUGGCUGCCAUGCUCCUGAGCAGGGGGACACGGGCCACGGGCCACUAGAAUACUAUGAGAAACUACCGAUCACCAAGCCUAACAGUGCCUAUGAAUUUGGGCAGGUUAUAAAUGCUAUCAGCUCUAGAAAAGAUAAAGAAGCCUGUGCACAUCUGUUAGCCAUCACUGAACCGAAAGAUUUGCCAGCGUUGUUGAGUAACAAACUUGAAGGGGAUAUAUUCCUCCUCCUCAUUCAGUCUCUGAAAAAUGAUCUCAUUGAUAAAGAUCCCUUAUUGGUAUAUCAGCAUCUUUUAUAUCUGAGUAAAGCAGAAAGGUUUAAGAUGAUGUUGACACUAAUGAGCAAGGGCCAAAAGGAGCAAAUCGAACAGCUUUUUGAUGACCUCUCAGGCACACCAAAUGAACAUUUUACUUUAGAAGAUGUACAAGCCCUAAAAAGGCAGUAUGAGCUUUAAAUCAAGAUUAUUGUUAGAUUUCCUCCAUGCAUGUGUUCCAGUAAUACUGAGAUGGUAUUGUAAUACAGUUGCACGGAUAAAACCUUGCUUAGAAAAGAUCCCUGGGUCUGGACUAUAAAAUAUUUUACUUAUUUUUAUACACAGAACAUGUAUAUUCUACAAUCUGCUU